CAUAAAUUAUGUUAAUGACUCUAAAUCGUAGUGAAGCCGUCAUGGCGUCUGUGUAUGACAAAGAAUAAUUUAAUGUAUCGGUAGCUCUAUAGUAUUACCUAUUACAUUAUUUACAUGCUUUAAACUGGUUCUUUCUAUUUUUGGCACAUCUUACCAUUGAUCUUGAAAUUGAAGUUCAACUAUGGAUUUUGAUUCCUCUUCAAAAUUCAUCUCUUCUUUAGCCAAAUUUUUACAGUCUUUAUGCAAUGGCUAUGUGGAGUUCAAUAGUGGUGUAGAAGUCAUAGGGCAUAUUUACUUAAAUGUAGACACUGGCAAAAAAAUUGAUUAUAUUUUAAAUGAGAAAGUCUGCAAAACAGACGAGAAUUCAGUAACAUUUAUAAGUAAUAGCUUUCAUGCACAGCCAGCUGAAAGACCUAAGCCCACACCCAAGGGAUUUUCAGAACCAUCUGCUAAGUCUGAAGUUGCAGAACCUAAAAUUGAUGAAGAUGAAAUUAUCAUUAUGGAUGAGCCUGAAAGUAAAAAUAGUGGAACAUUACCUCCUUCAAGAAAUCUUUUUCACCGAAAAAAUAUUAACCCUUACUCAAAAGUAGGGCGCUCACAAAAAAGACCUCACAGCCAGAACUUUUCAUCAUUUAAACAUUUACCAAAACAACGUAAAUCAGAUCCUCCAAUUGGUCCUAACGGUGCUCAGCAUGAUGUAGAAAUUUCACAUACAGAUAACAACACAUCAAAUUUCAUUACACCUCAAAUAUCUGGUGAAACUUCUUUAACAGCUGCAACAGAUUCUGAUAUAUCACAUCUCUCUAAAGUCUUUCCUCAAACAUUUAAUGAUUCCUCCAAUAAUCUGAACGCUUGUGAAGAAAGAGACAUUAAACCUCAAUUAGAUAGUGAUAUGAAUAUUGUUCAAGUAAAGCAAGAAAUAACUCAGUCUGAGCAUGGUGGUGAGGAGGAUCAAGAAACUUAUGAUGAGUCUCAAGACCAAAGUAAUGUCUUUCCUGGUAUGCCUUAUGAUCAGUAUUAUUCUGAGGGCAAUAGAAGAGGUCAAAGGGCUGAUUAUGGCCCAGGUGGUUUAUCGCAUGAUUAUUUUCAAGGAAAUGCAGGUCCUUCAGGAGAAGGAGGAGAUACAUCAGGUGAUUGGCUGUUCAAGUACCAGUGUGGCUUAUGUCAGAAAAAGUUCCGCUCCUCUUUGGAACUACGAGAUCAUAAGAACAGCAUUCACUUGAACAUUCUGCCAUUCUCAUGUGGGGCAUGUGGGAAGAAAUUUGCUUAUAAAAGGAAUAUGAGACGUCAUUUUAAUAAAAGACGUUGCCCUGUUUUAAAAUAUAGUAUGUGGCAUCUGACAGACAUUGUACUUUCUGUGGCAAACUUUUCCAAAGUAAAUUUCAUCUGCAAGAGCAUAUUGAUGCUGUUCAUUACAAAGUCAAUCAGUAUACUUGUUCAAUUUGUAAAAGAACAUUUGGAUACAAGAGAAGUCUGAGAAGGCAUAUAGCCCUGCAUCAUUUUCCUGUUUUCAAAAGUGCACAUGAUUCCUAUAUUGCUUUAUAAUGUUAUGUGAUUUAGAAUGAAUCUAAGUUGCAUUAGUUAUCACUUGAUAAACAGGUUGUCACAAAUUGCUAUUUUAAAAAAAGAAACUUAAUGAAAUAGGUUAUGAUUUAUUCAUUUCCUUUGAUCUCUUAGUAAAACCAGCAUUCUACAACAGUACAUGAAGAAUCAGGUUGUUGUUUAUUUUAGUUCCCAUAGAGUGAAGCCUCUAUUGAUUGGUGAUGCCUGUUUGAUGACCACUUUAAAUAUCCAAAUUUUUUAUUGGCAUUGUGUUCAAGAUAUUUGCAGUAGCUUUUUUUGUCUUCUGAAUGCAAACCCUAAUUAUUUUUUUAAAAUUAAAUAUACAAACUUUGUAUAUUAACAUGCAUCAUUUUAAAAAAUCACUAAUAUAAAAAUUGGUUAGAUUAAUUUUUUUUCAAGUAUAAAAAAAAACAACAAAAAACACUGAUUUUCUUUUUUAGAGAAAUGUAUGUGUGUGCUGUGGAAUAGAACAUUUUUGUAUUUGUCAAAUGAAUGUAAGAGAACAAAUAAGUAAUAUGUAUUCAUUUAUGCAAGGGCUUCUUAGAGUUGUCAGAUGAGUCACUUUUUCCAGCUACAAAAUGCUGGACAGGAAAAUGUUAUGUUUGCAUGUAUUUCUACAUCUGGUUUAAAAAAUAUACUAGGUUUGAGAAUAAGAGAGAUUGUUUUCAUUUGUGGAAAAUGUUUAAAGACUCAAAAACAAAGAUUUACUGCUGCAAGGGUAAACGACUGUAGGACAUUCUGUGGUGUACAUUUUGUAGUUAUGUUUGAUGCUGAUGUGAUGUAUCAUUUUUAAAAUGUCAUUAAAUCAAGUUUUUUUUAUUUUUUCUAUUCGUAUUAUUGUUUCUAUUAAUUUUAUUUUUUUUAAAUACUGUUAAUUUUGUUUGUUAUUAAUUAUAAGGUUGUUUUCUAAACUUGUAUUAAGGCUAUUUUUGUAAACUAACAUUUCUCCAACAUUUCAAAUUACUUUAGUCUAGACAUUUCAUACAUUUAUUUAUGUCAGCAACUUGGUUUAGAAAGGACAGACACAAAAAAUCAUGUUAAGAUUUAUAGAUUUAGUACAUGUACAAACAUAAUGUAUACAGAGAGGUUUCUAUGCAAGAAUAAAUAUACUAGAUACAGAGAUCAACAUCUUAUAUACAGUUGUACAAAAAAAAAAAAAAGAUUUCAGUUUCAAUACAGUCAUAUACAUGUAGUUUCUAUUGAAAAGAAAUUUCUCAGCUAUGUUCAACUCUAGAGCAGGACUAGACAAGGUAUCUGCACUUUCGUUUAGUGUGCAACUUGUAUGCCAUGGUGCAUGUGACACUGAGAGCAAAGAGUUCAACCUUCUUUUGACCUGCACCAGUUGUCUGGUCAUUACACAAUGUUGCAUCUAGUCUUUUAGGUUUCAGGUUUCAUCAAGGUCUUUAAUUUCUGGGGAAGUUUUUCUUCUGCUAUGCUUUCAGCUUCAUCAUAACUUGUUCUUCUUAUUUUGCUGAUAGUUUUUCUAUGAUUUUUUUUCCUUUUGGUCUCUUUGUAUUUUGUUUUCUGUAUAAUUGGUUGCUAUUUCUAAAGUUCUUUUUCUAUCAUUUUCUUUGGAAAAUCUGUUAGUCACUCACUCUUGUGUGAACUUCACUGCUUUGUAUUUUUCACAAUUGUUUUAGAGGAUGUUCAUGUACCUUGAUGAACUAUUGUUCAUUUCUGGUAUCAAAUAAUUUUAAGAAUUUUGAAUCAGCUAGUCUUUAAAUAAAUUUUUAUCUUCAUUCAUUUCUUGUUUUUUAAAAAAAUGUAAGGUAUCGAACAGUUUUGAGAUUGGAGAGGGGGGGGGGGCCUCAGGCCAUGUGGAACAAGUUGAUUCUUUAAAAAAAAGGGAAAAGGGGGGGGGGGGGGGCUGACUUGAUCUGGAUAUCUCUAUAUAUGCUUGAGGAGAGAGGGUUUCACUGGGAUGUAUGAGACAGUAUUUGAGUGGCUUGUCUGUCAGUUGAGGUUGCAUCACUUUGAUGGAAUCAAGUUUCCCUAAUUUUAUCACUUUCUCUGGAUCCAAAGAAUAGAGCCUUAAAACUAUUAGCAUCAAUAUCUACUUAAGUGACUGUUCUAUGCUGGCUUAAAAAUUAACUUAGAAUACCUGGGAUUGUUCUUCUGGGAAAGGGGGAGAGGUGUUUUAUUUUCCAUGGUACUUGAACAAAAUAAAUUACUCUAUGCUUAGAACCGUACUACAUAUUACACAUUUGUUUAAAACCAGAUUUUGUGUGAUUUAGUCGUAAGUCUGUGGAUAACAGUUAGUGUGGUUGACUGACCCCAGGCAGCUUAUCAGUGCAUUGUUCAAAACUAUAUUGGUUUUUUAUCUUUGUUAUGGUGUAGUUUUAUGGGGGGGUUAUCAGAAAUAAAAAAAAAUUGAAAUUUUAAAAAUCUAGUUUAAAUAAUUGAUUCUUAUUCAAGUUUUAUAACUCCCCCAAUGUCCUUCUCCCCAAUCCCAAAUAAGAAAAAAAAUACUGGUACCUUCUAAUAACUACACUUAACUUGUUUAUUUAAAAUAAUCGUUGAUACUUCUUAGACGCUACAUUGAAAUUGUUUUAGCUACCGCAAAUCCUAACAUAUCAGAUGGUGUACCUGAUGCAUAGAUACUAUCUCUGGUACUUUGUUACUUAUUUAGUUAUUAGCAAACAUGUAGGCAUGCCUUUUAAAAUCAAAAUAAUUUAUUUAUUUUAGUAGUAAAUUGGCUUACCUGAUGGCUUCUUUUUUUUUUCAUCAAUACAAAAUAUGUCUGCAAAUUUUGUUUGAAAAUAUUAGUUCAAUUAAUUAGUACAUUUCUGCUUUAAAAGUUAAGCUACAACAAUGACAUUAUUUAAUACCUUUACCUGUGUACAGUUUUUAUUUAUAUAUGACUAAUCUAAAGAAUUUUACUGGUUUUGAGACUAGUCAAUUUUGCUCUUUACUGUUUCAAGACAAUUUUAAAAAAAAAAUAGUGAUUUUAUUUUUUCGUCCCUACCAGCUAUAUUGUGCUCACUUGAUCUCAUUUAGCUUUCUUCUUCAGUUUGUCACUAUUUAUAUAUUUUCUCGCAUUAAAAGCAG